GACCUCAUUAAUGUUAUGUUUUAAAACAAUCACAAAAAAUGAAAAUAUUGUUGGUCUUCUCUUGAAAGAUAAUUUUUGUUUAACGAUGGAAAAACUUCUCCGAGAAAAUAAAAGACAUCUGAAGAAAAACAAACAAUGGAUAUUCAUUGUAAUUUUAGCUAAUUUAAGUAAAAAAGUUACCGAAGAGACCUGCGACCGUCUAGUCCGUGGAGGUCUAAUGCAAUAUGUAUUAGACAUUUUUGAUACAAAAAACUACUCUUCAAAUAAAACGAAAAGGAAAAUAUUUGCUUCUGCUCUUGACUUCCUUGUACAUAUAUCAGCCACUCAUAACGGACGUAUUGGGUUGAAAAAGUCAAAUCGACUAAGCGUUUUGUAUACGUUUGGCAGUACUUGUCCAAUUAAUCAAAUUUAUAAUUCCACUAUUUCAAAGUUAUGCACCAUCAUUAAUAUCUGCACAGACAAAAUUAUUUUACCACUUUCUUCUACACAAUCUUCAUUUUUCUUCAAUUUAGGAGACACAACGAUUGGUGAUACUG